GGAAGGAAACAGAGCGUUACCUAGAAUCAGGAGAGAGAAAGUUAGAGAGAGAAAGAUUUCUGGGGUUUUGGUUAUGGCUCCACUGAUUCUGCAGUUUAUAGAGAUUCGUGUCGGGAGGGUUUGAUUUUUUAUUUUUAUUUUAUAAAGGGUAUUAUUAUUAUUAUUAUUAUUAUUAUUAUUAUUAUUUUAUUUUAUAUAAAUACAUAUAUACCCUGUUAUUUCACCUCACUUCCCCCUCUCACUCAAAGUAACAAAGAAAUUCUCAUUAUUCCAAGAAAACUUGAGCUACCCAGAAUCAAAAUCCUUGUUAAUUUUAAUGGAGUCCUACAUGAGCUUUUCAAAAGACAUGGAUGAAGAGUAUGAGAAACUCAUCAAAAGAAUGAACCCACCAAGGGUGGUGAUUAAUAAUGAAAGUUCCAAAAAUGCAACAGUUAUACAGGUUGACAGUGCAAACAGGCAUGGAAUACUCCUUGAAGUUGUUCAAAUUCUUACUGAUCUUAAUCUUGUCAUAACCAAAGCUUACAUUUCUUCUGAUGGUGGCUGGUUCAUGGAUGUUUUUAAUGUGACUGAUCAAGAUGGGAACAAGAUUACAGAUGAAGAAAUCCUUGAUUUUAUUCAAAAGUCUUUAGGCCCAGAUUCUUCAUGUUUAGGAACAGCUGUUGGUGUUCUUCCAUCAACAGAUUACACAACAAUUGAGUUAAUUGGGAGAGACAGGUCAGGACUUCUCUCUGAACUAACUGCUGUACUCUCCCACCUAAAAUGCAAUGUGGUGAAUGCUGAAGUCUGGACUCACAACACCCGAGCAGCAGCCGUGAUGAACAUCACUGAUCAGGGAACAAAUUCUGCAAUCGACGACUCAGAGAGGCUGUCUAAGAUCAAGAAAGUACUCUGCAAUGUGCUUGGAGGUAGUAGUAGUACUCACUCUAGGGAAGCUAAGACAGAGGUUGUGACUCAUGUUGCUGCACACGCUGAAAGGAGACUGCAUCAGAUGAUGUACGAUGAUAGAGACUACGAGCAGGUUGGUGAUGAGGAAGAUGAAGAUGAAAGGCAAAGGCCGAAUGUUAGUAUUGAUAAUUGGAAUGAUAAGGAUUAUUCGGUGGUUACUAUUCGUUGUAAGGAUAGGCCGAAGCUUCUGUUUGAUACGGUUUGCACGUUGACUGAUAUGCAGUAUGUUGUUUUCCAUGGUAGAGUUGAUGCUGAAGGGCCUGAAGCUUAUCAGGAAUACUACAUCAGGCAUGUUGAUGGAUCUCCUGUUAAGUCAGAGGCUGAAAGGCAAAGGGUCAUCCAAUGUCUUGAAGCUGCUAUCAAGAGACGAGUUUCCGAGGGACUAAAGCUGGAGCUAUGCACAAGUGACAGGGCAGGACUGUUAUCUGAUGUCACACGAAUUUUCAGAGAGAACAGCCUAAAAGUGACCCAAGCAGAAGUCACAACAAAAGGUGGCAAAGCCGUGAACAGCUUCUACGUACGUGAUGCAUACGGGUACCCGGUUAACGCCAAGACCAUCGACACCAUAAGGAAAAUCAUCGGACAGACGAUACUCAAAGUGAAGGCGAACAACUCCAACGAACGAAAGCAAAAAGUCGCUCAAGAGUCUCAAUCCGGGUCCUUAUUCGGGGGUCUAUUCAAGUCUAGAUCGUUUUGUAAUUUCGGGUUGGUUAGGUCAUACUCUUAAGUACUCUUAACAGUCUUUUGAAUGAUUUCAGAUUUAGGGUAGGGUAAAGUAGAAGAGGGUUGCCAACUUCCUAGUUGGUGUGCCUACUUAAUUAGGAUCAUUGGUUUCUUAAAAUGAUCAUAAUUAUUAGUGGGUUGCUAGUUGCCUUUAAGUAAACAUUACUCAUACAGAGUAAUCUAAAAUGUAAAUACUAAAUAGUAGUAGUGGUUGGUUACUUGCCUUUAAUUAAUCUAAUCAUCUGAUUAUGAUUUUAAUCA